UGGCAGCAGCCUCUUUAUUUCUUUUUCUUCUUCUUUUUCUUCUUCUUUUUCCCCCCUUUGGAGGAAAUACUGCAGCCUUCUGGACUGCGUGCCGGCUCCCUGGAGAGGCUCUCUCAGUUCCACCCACUGGCUGGAAGGAGGGGAAGUGAGUGAGAGGGGCAAGGCCAGCCGGAACACACCAUGUCACUCUGGGAGCCAGACAGCAGCAACUAAGCCUGCACGGGUUUCUUUUUCUUUUCUUUAUUUUUUCUUUUUUUCUUUUUCUUUUUUCCCCAGUUUUUUCCUUUCCUUUCUUUUUCUUUUUGUCCAUUGUUUCUCUUUUUUUUUCUUUUUAUUAAAAUUUCCUUUUUCCACGGUGGGAAAGAGACACACGAGAGACCGAAAGCUGUACUGCAAGGAUUCCGAGUUGUGCUAAAGGAUUUUUUUUUUCUUUUUUUUUCUCCUCCUUCGCCUUUACAAGCGCCUGCGAUUGACACCACUAGAGACAGGCUGGUUACAGAGCAAACUGCUUCAUCCGGACUGGACCGACCGGGCAGCUAGGAGGAACCAGGCAGGCAAGAACUGGGAAAGCAGUCUGGGGGUUUCGCUACGGAUCUCAACCCCCAUCUGUUUUGGUUUUUGGGGUUUUUGUUUUCUUUUUCCUUUUCUCUUUUCUUUGGGUUCUUUUGUUGUGCUUUGCUUUGUUUUUUUGUUUUUUGGUUGUUUUAAAUUCCGCACGGUGUUGGAACUAGUGAGUGCUGGAGUCUCAGAAGCCACAGCAGUCACCCAGACUGCCAGGGACAGUGGAUUAAGAGAAAGAAGCUCGCCUGCCUGGGGCAUCAUACACCCUGUUAUCCAGUUUCCUGCCUCGGAGAUAAAGAUCCCAGCUACAUGGGCAAACGCCUGGAUCAGCCACAAAUGUACCCCCAGUACACGUACUACUGUCCUCAGUACCUCCAAACCAAGCAGUCCUAUGCACCAGCUCCUCACCCCAUGGCUCCUCCCAGUCCCAGCACAAACAGCAGCAGCAACAGCAGUGGGGAACAGUUGAGUAAGACGAACCUAUACAUUCGAGGACUUCCACCAGGCACCACUGACCAGGACCUCAUCAAGCUAUGUCAACCGUAUGGAAAAAUCGUAUCCACAAAGGCAAUUCUUGACAAGAAUACGAAUCAAUGCAAAGGUUAUGGUUUUGUAGAUUUUGAUAGUCCUGCAGCCGCACAGAAAGCAGUGGCAUCCUUGAAGGCAAAUGGCGUGCAAGCACAGAUGGCCAAGCAACAAGAGCAAGACCCUACAAAUCUAUACAUCUCAAACCUCCCCAUCUCCAUGGAUGAGCAGGAGCUGGAGAACAUGCUAAAGCCCUUUGGACAUGUGAUAUCUACCAGAAUCCUGAGAGAUGCCAACGGAGUCAGCAGAGGCGUUGGCUUUGCCAGAAUGGAGUCUACGGAAAAAUGUGAAGUGGUAAUUCAACAUUUUAAUGGAAAAUAUCUGAAAACACCACCAGGCAUCCCAGCCCCCAGUGAACCUUUGCUGUGCAAAUUCGCUGAUGGAGGACAGAAGAAGAGACAGAGUCAGAGCAAGCACACCCAGAAUGGGAGGCCAUGGCCCAGAGAAGGAGAGGCUGGCAUGGCUCUGACCUAUGACCCCACAGCUGCCCUACAGAAUGGAUUUUAUUCUUCACCGUACAGUCUCGCAACCAACCGCAUGAUCCCACAGACAUCUAUCACGCCACUCAUUGCUGCCUCCCCUGUCUCCACAUACCAGGUCCAGAGCACGUCAUGGACGCCACACCUGCCAUACAUUAUGCAACCAACAGGUGCUGUGAUCACACCCACCAUGGACCACGCCAUGUCAAUGCAGCCAGCUAACAUCGUGGGUCCCCUGACGCAGCAGAUGAACCAUCUUUCCCUGGGGACAGCAGGAACGAUUCAAUCCCAAGACAGAAUUAUGGUACUUCACCAGCUGUUAUGUCAGUAUAUGACUGCUGCUCCUAUGCAAGGGACCUACAUUCCCCAGUACACGCCUGUGCCUCCGACAGCUGUUUCUAUUGAAGGUGUUGUUGCUGAUACCUCUCCCCAGACGGUGGCCCCCUCAUCCCAGGACAGCAGUGGUCAGCAGCAACAGUUAGCAGUGGACACACCCAGUGAACAUGCACCGGCAUACUCCUUCCAACAGUCCAAACCAUAGACAGAAGUGAGGAUGUCCAUCUGAACCUUUACCUUCAAUGAAGAAACGUCACUGAGCAAGAAGUUAGUUGGCCUCCAGUUUGCACAGGCGCCAAGGGAAAGCUUUCUUCUUUUAUUUUUAUUAUUUUUUUAUUUUAUACUUUACUCAAAGAAAACAAAAUUUUUAUGUGCUGUGCGAAUGGUUC